AGCAGGAGCACGAAGACGAAGGCGGAGGCCUGCGCGGAUCCGUUCCCCGUGGCGGCGGUCAGCGGAGGCAGCAGCGGAGCCGCCGGACGAAUGGCCCGGCCGCAGCAGCGGUACCGCGGCGUGCGGCAGCGCCACUGGGGCUCCUGGGUCUCCGAGAUCCGCCACCCGCUCCUGAAGACGCGGAUAUGGCUGGGCACCUUCGAGACGGCGGAGGACGCGGCGCGGGCGUACGACGAGGCGGCCAGGAUCAUGUGCGGCCAGCGCGCGCGCACCAACUUCCCCGCCGCCGGCAGCGUCUCCUCCUCCGCGGCCGUGGCGUCCUCCUUCCUCUCCGCCGCCCUCGUCGCGAAGCUGCACCGGUUCAACAUGGCGUCCGUGCAGGCGGCGCAGCGGCAGAGGGAGGCCGCCGCCGCCGCGGCCUCCUCGGCGGCGAUCGCAGCAGCCGCAAUGCCGCCGGGUGGCGCGACGCUUCCGUCGUCGGCGCCGGCGUUGGGAUGGGGCGGGACGCUCCUGGAAGAGCAGCACGUGGAGCAGAUGAUCGCGGAGCUGCUAGACUCGGACUUCUCCAUGGAGAUCUGCCAUUAGCCAAGUGUGCUGCCCUGCUUCCUCUGCCUCUGCUCUCCUUACUCCCUCUCUGUUUUUUGGCGCGAACGAUCGAUCGCCGGCCCGGCCGUGAAUACUGUACGUACGUAGUGUAGCGUAGUAGCUGCGUAUUACAGUCAGUGAGCUAUGUACACGAGUGAUUGUACAGAAUAACUGUGCCUCGUAUUAGCAUCUACUCCUAUAUAUAUCCACAGCUAGCCUAUCCUAGUAACAAAUUUGAUCCUUUCAGACAUUUUUACAGUGCUGGACUUA